GUGUUUUUCUGGACUUUACAUAAACAUCGUCUCGCCUGAAGUUACAGACGCACUUCACCUGCAGCUGUAUUUGUAGGUGGUACCGGCGCAUCCCGGCCCCCCCUGGAACACCCGGGAAACCAUGGACACCAUGGAACGUCCUGGAAUAUCCUGGAACAUCGUGCGAAACCAUGGACACUCGGCCCCCCCCGGAACAUCCUGGAAAAUUCUGGAACAUCCUGGACACGUGAUGCUAUGCCAUGGGCUCAAAGAACAUCGGUCCAGGUUCGGAAGAGUCAAAUUGGAGGAUUGCCAAUGUGGAGUCUUCAUGGUGCCAGAUCGUUAUUAUUCACCCUACCAGAACUCUGUAUGGAGUAACUGGUCCAAUGAUCCUGCUCCAAACUUCAGGAAAGAAUCAGGACCUCCAGGAAGAAGAGUCAAAUUGGAGGAUUGCCAAUGUGGAGUCUUCAUGGUGCCAGAUCGUUAUUAUUCACCCUACCAGAACUCUGUAUGGAGUAACUGGUCCAAUGAUCCUGCUCCAAACUUCAGGAAAGAAUCAGGACCUCCAGGAAGAAGAGUCAAAUUGGAGGAUUGCCAAUGUGGAGUCUUCAUGGUGCCAGAUCGUUAUUAUUCACCCUACCAGAACUCUGUAUGGACUAACUGGUCCAAUGAUCCUGCUCCAAACUUCAGGAAAGAACCAGGACCUCCAGGAAGAAGAGUCCUAAUGGAGGAUCAGAAAUCUGAAGACGGGUCAAUAUCUUCCUCAUUCAGCAAGGAGUCUGCAGAGAGUGACCGGUCCAAUGAUCCUCCUCCAAACUUCAGGAAAGAACCAGGACCUCCAGGAAGAAGACUGCUGCCCCCGCGAUCCGGUUCCGAUAUAAGCCGAAGAGAAAGGAUGGAUGGACCGACGGAUGGAUGGAUAGUGUUAGCGGCGUUGUUCCUUUUCUGUUUCUGCCUUAGCGGCACCCAACUUCUCAUAUACUCCUUGUUGAUAAUAUGUUUGACGAUAUGCGGUUGUCGUGGUCUCUUGAUAUGGUGGAUUUCAACUAGCUACAGUUAGCUCAUUCACUCAGCCCCCGAAUCUCGCACUCAGAAGGCACGUCGAUUUUUUCCAGUGUCCAGCCGCGGUAGUGCAACAAAUCCCAUGGGGCCCAGAAAGCUUUUUUCCCAUAGGCCGCAAUAGUAAAAGAGAAGCCUCUAAAACUGUUCACAGGAACUUCCAGCUGUAAUCACCGGCAAUUACGAAUCUUUAGCUGUGUCCCAAUUCAGGUUCUGGUCCUUCUGAGGACGCGGUCUUCGUAGGCCACGCCUUCCAAGACCGCGAAGGCCGUACUGAAGGCUGGACGGACGCUGGUGAAAUGAGACGGUCUAGUGGGGGAUUUCCUGGUUGUACCAGCUGUUCCCGCCCUUGUCCUACGUCACUAAACAAAGUAGAAAGAAAGAAAUAAAACACGAUAGUAAAGAAAGAAAGAACCAAAAUAAAAAAAAGAAAUGGAGCCAGAAGUUUUGUUUUUGUUUUUUUUGUUUUUCAUUUUGUUGGAGGAGGAAGAGAGGCGUGUCCGCCGGCACCUUCAAACAGCGGGAAAAGAAGGCUGCAUUUGUGGGCUACAUUUGAAGGAGCCUUCGAAAUGGGACAGCCUUCGGCGCGCCGCUGUUACGUAAUCGGCCUUCAAAUCCAGCCCUCGAAGGACGCAGCCCCUGAAUUGGGACACAGCUUUUGUAUUUUAUAUUUUUAAGGCAUGGACUUUAUAUCCGUCAAAGAUGUUUUAUAACGGCCAGAAAAGUCAAAGAAAAGUCUCUUUCUGUACAGAAAAAAACCCGGAAGUCAGGAACUUUUUCCGCGUAUAAUUUCGUGAAUAAAGUUGAAAUGUCAAGAAAAAAGUUGAAAUGUUGAGAAAAAAGGUGAAAGUUCGACUUUAUUCUUGAAAUUGUAUUUCAACAUUAGUCUCAACAUUUAGACUUUUUUCUCGAAGAAGAGACUUGUGGUAAGUCUACCACAUGUAUGUUAGACCCCAUCCCGACUCGACUAUUCAAAAAUGUUUUUUCUCUUAUUGGUGUGACAAUACUGGACCAAAUUAACCUAUCCCUAAGCUUAGGAUAUGUACCACAGGUUUUCAAAGUCGCAGUAAUUAAACCUUUACUUAAAAAACCUUCUCUUGACCCAGACACCUUAGCUAAUUAUAGGCCAAUUUCCAACCUUCCAUUUGUAUCUAAAAUUCUGGAAAAGGCAGUUUCAAGCCAGUUAUGUGACCAUUUGUAUAGAAAUGAUCUGUUUGAAGUCUUUCAGUCAGGGUUCAGAAUGCAUCAUAGCACAGAGACAGCACUGGUUCGCGUCACGAAUGACCUUCUUAUGGCCUCAGAUAAGGGAUUAGUGUCCAUACUGGUUCUACUGGACCUCAGAUAAGGGAUUAGUGUCCAUACUGGUUCUACUGGACCUCAGUGCUGCUUUUGACACUGUAGAUCAUGGCAUUUUACUGCACAGGUUAGAGCAUGUUGUUGGGAUUAAAGGGACAGCUCUAUGUUGGUUUAAAUCAUAUCUAUCUGACCGGUUCCAGUUUGUUCAUGUACAUGAGGUUUCUUCAGAACAGUCAAGGGAACAUCAAGGACUGGAUGUCCAGAAAUUUCUUGCUUCUAAAUUCAGAUAAAACAGAGGUUAUCAUUCUUGGUCCAGAGCAUCUUAGGAAGGGAUUAGAUGGUGUUGCGAUGUCUUCCAGUGCAACUGUGAGAAACCUUGGUGUUGUUUUCGAUCAGGAUUUGUCGUUUAAACCAUAUGUUAAUCAGGUUUGUAAAAUAGCGUUUUUCCAUCUCCGUAAUAUUGCAAAGAUUAGGAAAAUCCUCUCGCAGAGUGAUGCAGAAAAACUAGUUCAUGCGUUUGUAUCUUCUAGUCUAGAUUACUGUAAUGUGUUGUUAGCAGGAUGUCCAAGUAAUUUGCUGAAUAGGCUCCAGCUGAUCCAGAAUGCAGCAGCACGAGUGCUGACAGGAAUCAGCAGGAGAGACCACGUCUCUCCAGUGUUAGCGUCGCUCCAUUGGCUACCUGUAAAAUUCAGAAUUCAAUUUAAAAUUUUAUUACUUGCAUAUAAAGCCCAAAACGGCUUAGCUCCGCAGUAUUUACAAGACCUGAUAGUGCCUUAUGUUCCUGGCAGAGCUCUCCGCUCUCAGAGUGCAGGUUUACUCGUAGGUCCUAGAGUAUCUAAAUGUAGAUUUGGAGGGCGGGCGUUCUGCUAUCAGGCACCAUUACUAUGGAACCAACUUCCAAUCUGGGUUAAGGAGGCUGACACCACCUCCACCUUUAAAACUAAACUUAAAACCUUUCUGUUUAGUAAAGCUUAUAGUUAGUGUUUAGUAAACCUCUAGCUGGUGUUGGUAAAUCUCUAGGUAGUGUAAACUUUAGUGUGUUAGAGUCAGUAGUCAUAGCUGCAGCUAUAGAACAAGACUAUAAUAAUUUAGUCUCAAAUAUAGCUUCGCGGUAGAUAUGCUGCUAUAGGCUUAUGCUGCAGGGGGGCACCGACAUGAUCCGCUGGGCGGUGCCUCUCACCCUUCUUCUCCUCUCCUUUUCCCUGCCUCUCUUCUCCAUUACCAUUUUUAUCUAUUAUAAAUAUCUCAUAGCUAUCAUUUUUGUCCAUCGUACCUGUAGUUUCUUGUGCCGGCCCCCCUUUUUUCUCUUUUGUGCAUGUUUGCAGGCUGGAGCCUCGGGAGCUGCGUUCUGGCCUGUGUUCCCGGCACCCCCCCCCCCCCCCAUCCCCGGUCAUCCCGUUGCUGCUUCCACCUGCCUACGUGGAUGUCUGCUGUUGCUGCUUCUGCCUUCCUGCACACGCCCCAGAGUCCCCACUCUCUGCUUCCUCAGUGGAAGGCAUGUCAGUCGGGUUAAGGAGAUCCUCGAAGUAUUCCUUCCACCGUCCGACAAUGUCCCCAGUCGAGGUCAACAGCUCCCCACCCGCACCGUAAACGGGGCCGGCAGAGUACUGCUUCCCCCUUCUGAGGCGCCGAACGGUCCUCCAGAAUUUCCUCGAGGCCGACCGAAAGUCUUCCUCCAUGGCCUCCCCGAACUCCUCCCAGACCCGAGUUUUUGCCUCCAGGACUGCCCGAGCCGCGGCUCGCUUGGCCUGCCGGUACCUAUCUACUGCGUCAGGAGUCCCACCGGCCAACAUAGCCCGGUAGGACUCCUUCUUCAGUCUGACGGCAUCCUGUACUUCCGGUGUCCACCACCGGGUUCUAGGAUUGCCGCCACGACAGGCACCGGAGACCUUGCGUCCGCAGCUUCGAGCCGCCGCGUUGACAAUGGAGGCAGAGAACAUGGUCCACUCGGACUCAAUGUCCCCCGCCUCCCCCGGGAUCCGAGAGAAGCUCUCCCGGAGGUGGGAGUUGAAGAUGUCCCUGACAGAGGGCUCAUCCAGACGUUCCCAACAGACCCUCACAAUCCGUUUGGGUCUGCCCGGUCUGUCCAACCUCUCCCUCCGCCAGCGCAUCCAACUCACCACCAGGUGGUGAUCAGUUGACAGCUCAGCCCCUCUCUUCACCCGAGUGUCCAAGACAUGCGGCCGAAGGUCAGAUGAAACGACAACAAAGUCGAUCAUUGACCUCCAGCCUAGGGUGUCCUGGUGCCACGCGCACUGAUGGACACCCUUAUGCCUGAACAUGGUGUUCGUUAUGGACAAACUGUGACUCGCACAGAAGUCCAACAACAAAACACUGUUCGGGUUCAGAUCGGGGAGGCCGUUCCUCCCAAUCACGCCUCUCCAGGUAUCACUGUCAUUACCCACGUGAGCGUUGAAGUCCCCCAGUAGAACAAUGGAGUCCCCAGUUGGAGCACUAUCAAGUACUCCUCCCAGGGACUCCAAGAAGGCCGGGUACUCUGCACUGCUGUUCGGCCCGUAGGCACAAACAACAGUGAGAGACCGUUUCCCGACCCGAAGGCGCAGGGAACCGACCCUCUCGUUCACCGGGGUGAACUCCAACACAUGGCGGCUGAGCUGGGGGGCUAUUAGCAAGCCCACACCAGCCCGCCUCUCACCCUGGGCAACUCCAGAGUAGUGGAGGGUCCAGCCCCUUUCAAGGAGCUGGUUCCAGAGCCCAAGCUAUGUGUGGAGGUGAGCCCGACUAUCUCUAGCCGGUAGGGGUGUAACAAUAUAUCGUGCCACGAAAUUUCGUGAUACAAAAACGCCACGAAACGUGUCGUGGAGGUGACAAGGUGUAUCACGAUAUUGGGUUAUUAAUAUUAAUCUAUUGUGUUGACUAGAAACGCGCAUCCGACCACGUGUGGCGACCGUGCCUCAACCCACGGACCAAAAUCCUACUACGCUCAGAAGAAAGUAGUACCUUUUUGCGGUCCCGAUCACGGGGGGGCUUGGAUCAUGGGGGGUUUUGAGCUCUGAACUUUUAAGUCUGGUGUAGAGUUAAGCCUUACCUUAUUAAAUUAAACCUUUUUCGGGUCGUGAGUAGGAUAAACACUUGGACUGUACUUUAAUGUCCCUCAACAGUGUAGGAUUUUAGAACAUCAACACAGCACCUAGUGCUGUAUCACUCCGCCCAAUCUAAAACCGACUAAUCACUACAGAUAAACUGACUAGUCAAUCUCUAUAUGUUACCACUUGGUGACAUCAUUAGAGAAUAUAAUGUAGAUUUCCAUAGCUAUGCAGACGACACACAAUUGUACAUAUCCGCUGAACCAAACGAUACAACAGCAAUUAAAUCCAUUACCAACUGCUUGUUGGCAAUAAAUAAAUGGAUGAAUGCAAAUUUCCUCAAACUAAAUGAAGACAAAACUGAAGUUCUUCUAGUUGGUCCCAAAUCAAAGAGAGAGAUGCUAACUAAAAACCUAGGAAGCUUAACUUCCUGGAUUAAACCUGAGGUAACUAGUCUUGGCGUCAUCCUUGACUCAGACUUGAACUCACACAUAAACAAAGUGACCAAAACAGCUUUUUUCCACCUCAGAAACAUAGCAAAGGUUCGUCCAUUCAUAAAUCAAAAUAAUGCUGAGAAGCUAAUUCAUGCGUUCAUAUCUAGCCGACUGGACUACUGCAAUGCACUCUUCACUGGUCUCCCUAAGAAAACCACUGAAAGACUCCAACUUAUUCAAAGCUCUGCAGCUAGACUAUUAACCAAAACCAAGAGGCGAGAACACAUUAGUCCAGUCUUAGCUACUCUACAUUGGCUACCUGUGACUUUUAGAAUUGAUUUUAAGGUCCUCCUUCUCACAUACAAAGCCCUAAAUGGACAAGGACCAAGCUACAUUGCAAACUCCCUAACAAACUACACACCAGCUAGAACAUUCCGAUCAUCUGAUGCAGGUCUAUUAGAGAUCAGCAGAAGUAGUCAUGAAAAGAUUGGUGAUGCAGCCUUUGUUAACUAUGCCCCAAAACUGUGGAAUGCACUACCCUCAAAUAUCAGGGAAGCAAACACCUUAGAGAUAUUCAAAAGGCAGCUUAAAACAUAUCUGUACACCAAAGCAUUUGAUUGACCCACCCUCAUCACCUUCAUCACCACCUUGACCCACCUUGAUUCAUCAUUAAAUACCCUAAAUACUUGUUCCAAUUCUUACUGCACCGACUUGCACUUUUAACUUACUCUGCACUGUACGCACUACUGUUUAAUUUUUUCUAAACUUUUAUAUUUUUAAACUUUACAUUUUUUUAACUGUCACUAUUUAUACUCCGUAAUGAGAUUAUGGUAAUUCAAGUAACCUAUUAGAACGCUAGGAUUUGAUAUGAUGUUGAUUGUUAUUUUAUACCUUUCCCUUUAUUUAAACUGCACUUGCUGCUUGCCUUAUUAUUGAUGUAAAGCACUUUGAGCUACAAUUCUUGUAUGAAAUGUGCUAUACAAAUAAAGUUUUAUUAUUAUUAUUAUCUCACUCACUCACUCAUCUUCUCCCGCUUUAUCCGUUCCCGGGUCGCGGGGGCAGCAGCCUCAGCAGGGAUGCCCAGACUUCCUUCACCUCAGACACUUCCUCCAG